GGGGCUACAGCGUGGCCGGGGCCAGAGGAGGAGGCUUUUAUUCGGGGGCGGGAGCGUCACGAAAGUGCGAUAAGAAAAGGAUUUUGCGACCGGGAGGCAGAAGUGCUGCUCUUUGGUUUUCCAGGGAGUAAAGGGGGAGCAGCGGGUGCAUGCAUGGGUGAUGCGUGGUGGUAACGAAUUCUUCCCGAGCCCUUAUUGUGUGCCAGGCACUGUGUGGAGCCACUUGUGUGCCUCUCGUGUACUCCCGCACCCUGGGGAGGUCGGUGCGAUGACUUUCCUCAUUUUCCAGCGGACUCGGCGGUCCCGCGGUGGAGGGACCUGGUCAGAGGCAUGCAAACGGUUGAAUUGACCAAAGCAAUGGUUAUGGAGAAGCCUAGUCCCCUGCUGGUCGGGCGGGAAUUCGUGAGACAGUAUUACACACUGCUGAACCAGGCCCCAGACAUGCUACACAGAUUUUAUGGAAAGAACUCUUCUUAUGUCCACGGGGGAUUGGAUUCAAAUGGAAAGCCAGCAGAUGCAGUCUACGGACAGAAAGAAAUCCAUAGGAAGGUGAUGUCACAAAACUUCACCAAUUGCCACACUAAGAUUCGCCAUGUUGAUGCUCAUGCCACUUUGAAUGAUGGUGUGGUGGUCCAGGUGAUGGGGUUGCUCUCCAAUAACAACCAGGCUUUGAGGAGAUUCAUGCAGACAUUUGUCCUUGCUCCUGAGGGCUCUGUUGCAAAUAAGUUCUACGUUCACAAUGAUAUCUUCAGAUACCAAGAUGAGGUCUUUGGUGGCUUUGUCACUGAGCCUCAGGAGGAAUCUGAGGAAGAAGUAGAGGAACCUGAAGAAAGACAGCAAACACCAGAAGUGGUACCUGAUGAUUCUGGAACUUUCUAUGAUCAGACUGUCAGCAAUGACUUGGAAGAACAUUUAGAGGAACCUGUUGCUGAACCUGAGCCUGAUCCUGAACCAGAACCGGAGCAAGAACCCGUAUCUGAAAUCCAGGAGGAGAAGUGUGAGCCAGUAUUGGAGGAAACGGCUCCUGAGGAUUCUCAGAAGAGUUCUUCUCCAGCACCCACAGACAUCGCUCAGACAGCGCAGGAAGACUUGAGGACAUUUUCCUGGGCAUCUGUGACCAGUAAGAACCUUCCACCCAGUGGAGCUGUUCCAGUUACUGGGAUACCACCUCACGUUGUUAAAGUACCAGCUUCACAGCCUCGCCCAGAGUCUAAGCCUGAAUCUCAGAUUCCACCGCAGAGGCCUCAGAGGGAUCAAAGAGUUCGAGAACAACGGAUAAAUAUUCCUCCCCAGAGGGGACCUAGACCAAUCCGUGAGGCUGGUGAGCAAGGCGAUGUUGAACCUCGAAGAAUCGUGCGACACCCUGACAGUCACCAACUCUUCAUUGGCAAUCUGCCUCAUGAGGUCGACAAAUCAGAGCUUAAAGAUUUCUUUCAAAAUUAUGGGAAUGUGGUGGAGCUGCGCAUUAACAGCGGUGGGAAAUUACCCAAUUUUGGUUUUGUUGUGUUUGAUGAUUCUGAGCCUGUCCAAAAGGUCCUUAGCAACAGGCCCAUCAUGUUCAGGGGUGAGGUCCGUCUGAAUGUGGAAGAGAAGAAGAAUCGAGCUGCCCGGGAAGGAGACCGGCGAGAUAACCGCCUGCGGGGACCCGGAGGCCCUCGAGGUGGGCUGGGUGGUGGAAUGAGAGGCCCUCCCCGUGGAGGCAUGGUGCAGAAACCAGGAUUUGGAGUGGGAAGGGGAAUUGCUCCAAGGCAGUGAAUUGCUCUUCACUGAUCUUCACGCAGCAGUACAAACCCCGUUCCUGCAGAAUGGUGAUUUCUUCAACCAUCCUUUGGUAUCUUGCAGUAUGACCCUGGUCUCUUAUAAACUGCUUAAGUUUGUACAAUUUUACUUUUUGUGUUAAUGGUGUGUGUUCCCUCCCUUCCUCUUUUCUCUCCUCACCUUUUAUUCCUUCACUUCCAAUUUUGUGGAAUGAUAUUUUAGGAAAAAUGGAUUUUUAAAGAAGAAAAAAAAAAGACUGAAUUUCCUUGCAUUAGUUUGCAUAUACAGACUGGAUUUUUUUUUUUUAAACAGCCAUUUCCCCCAAAGGAAUGUGUCGCUUAUUACUGACAUUUGGUAUGUUUCAUUCAUUGGGAUAUUUCUUACUUAUUUUCUACAUGUUUCAAAAGCCUUUGAGAAAUACAGGAUUUGAUAAACAUUUUGAAGGCAGGAAAAACCCCAAAAUUGUUUCUUUUGAGAGUCAUGACUACCUUCUGGUGUGGAGAAACUGCCAUUGGAAAAAUUGACAAUUUUGAUUCUCGCUGGUAUGGAUAAAAACUGAAUAAAAGAUGUUAGUGAAGUUUUUUCUUUUGGUAUGUGAUCACAAAACAAUUAUAAAAUCCACUCUUUUUACCAUUGAAAUUUAAAUUGUGAGAUAGGUUUUAAAUGUCUAGAAUGCAACUGAUGUGCUUUUCUUAAAUUAUUAGGGGUUUUUUUGAAGUAGAAUUUAUUUUCAUGUUUAAUUUGUAUUUGUUAAACAAACAAGAAAAGACAACACCCUCCCCACCACAAUCCGAGGAACACAAAACCAGAGCAAAACUGUUGUGCCUUCUAUUUAUCUUUGAUUCCGGUCUUGGCAAUUGUUUAAAGAAAAAUAAUAAAAAAAAGUCUAGAUUUGUUUUUUUCCAGGUUCAGAGUAUGUUGGGAAUUGUGGAACCCCUCUUUCACUGUGCGUCUUCUGUUCACUUGUUAUGCUUUAGUCUGAAAUUGAGUCUCAAACUGGAAUGCCUUGAGGACGGGUGCUUCUGUAGAGGUCCUUUGACCUAAAUAGCUCAGCAUUUUAUUUUGGUAUCUAUUCAGAAUUCUAAUCAGCCCACAAGAAGGAAUGUGAUUUUCAUAUUGGACUUUGCUGAUAUGCUUGAGUGUCUGCUAGUCUUUUUCCUUUAAAUCAUAGCUAUACGGUAAAUUUUCUGUUUUACUGGUUCUCUUUUAUCGAUGGACAUGCAGUGGGUGUUUCUUUGAAAUGGCCAAUUCUUAUUAAAAUAUUUCUGGGAAGAAAAUUUAAUCUGACAUGUAGGUUAAUACUCGUUUUAUAUAGUAUGUUUGUUGAGUGCUGUGUAUGACUUGGGUGAAGGGUUUGUUUACACAUUUGUGAAGCAAGCCUUUGUGUAGUAUCUUAUCAUUGUUACUAGUUGAAGGGCAACAAGGCUGUCAAAUUUAACUUAUUUUCUUCUUAACAGUAUUCAUCUUUAGGACUGUUGUUUGAGGAUAGUGUGAGUAGGAAUAGGAAUGUUUGUUUUGCUGUUACUGGGAAACUAGGUUUGCUGAAGGGUGUAGUCUUAAACUAAAAUGAAAUUUGAUGUUAUCAGUUGGUCCUCAAUACCUCAAAUAUUUGAAAAUUGGCAGCAUCUCCUUCAUAUAAAGAAACUUAUAUAACUGAAUCACACGGCUGUUUUGGUGUUCAGUUUAAAUGAUUAUUUGGUAACCACUUCAUUUGGCCUAGCCAGUGAUAAUUAGGAGAAAUCCAGCUUAUACUUCUGUAGCUUAUAUUAAGCUUGUUGUGGAAAGGAAAAAAACUUAGCCUGAGUUAUUUUUGCAGUAACUGUAAAGACAUAAAUUAUGGAUAACCUAGAAAUCAUUUUUCACAAGUGAAUACUAAACCAUGCAUUUCAAAAUAGGAGUUCUUUCUACUCAGGUUUAAGGGUACUAACUAGAUGCCGUGGUACCCAAUUUGGGGCUGUUAUAUCCUAGACUAGAGGACAUUGGAAAUGUGUGAGGUUGUGAAGGGUGUUGGAGGGGGACACUGCAUUUGGCAUUUAGUGGGUAGGUAUCAACAAUGCACAUGUUCUGUAAAAAUGAAGCAACUGCAUUAAAAAUAGAUAGUUUCCUAUAAAUGCAUGAUGGGCGGAGCAGUGGAUUACUACAACUGGAGUUGAAGACUCAUUCCUUUGCAGUAAAGCUUCAGAUAAAUAAAAAUAAAUGAAUUAGCAAAUAGAUAGCUCUUUCAGCAAUUAUAGUAACAUCUACUGUAAGUUAUCUCAUUUUCCUUCAUUUGUACCAAUAUGUGGUUUUAAAAAAUUUUUGGAGAAGGUAGCAUUAUGCUAGAUGCUGCUUGUAACUUGUUGCAGGGAGUUACUGUGUAAUCCCAGAAAACAAAAGUUUACUUGAGUAAUUUCAGCUCAUCAGAAUUUGGGUGAUUGUGGAGUUUUGAAUAGCAUAGGACUUUUAUAUGUAGGAUUUAGCAUCAUGUUUUAACACUAUAAAAAUCCUGGUAUCUUUGUUUCCAUUAUUGCUGAUGGAAUAAACAUGAUACCGUAGAGAUACAUAUAUUCACACAGAUACAAAGUGAAAAUAAAAUAAGGCAAGAUUUUUCUAUAGGCAGCAUCAGCUCAUCAUAUUCAAUCUUUUCAGGUUUUAAAAUAUAAUUUUUCAUUUCUAGGAAUGGCCCAGUGUCUAGUUCUUUUCUACUGAGCUUAACACCCUUACUUACUUAUCUAGUAACUUACUAGGUAUAAGAUUAGUUCAAUGUGCAUCUUCAUCUUUUAAGAACUGUUGAAAAUAAAUACACCUUGGGACUUAAAAAAGUACUUUUAUUUGCUUUUAUGGUGAGGUUGGUCUUGACUUGUGUAUGCCUUUGUUCUCAACUUUUUGAGCUUUUGCUGGGGAGCAGUGAAAAGAAUUAUCCAAAAAUAAUUAUUUGAGUAGGUUACUGCACAGUAUUAGUUAAAUUGCACUUUAGUUUAGGUUGGAAAAAUAAUUUUCACGACUCUGUGGAUUAGGUACUGUUUUCCCCAAAGUAAUAGAUAAAGGAGAAACGGCAUCAGGGCAGCUAUGUGACUAGGCCUCCAAACCAUCCAUGUAGCAAGGAGCAGAUUGACCUCCGAAACUGAUGCUUUUUCUCCAAAACCAAAAUGCCUACAUAUGUACAUUUGAAUGACAUAUCAAUAUAUAGGAUAUGACCAUAUAAUUACUACAGUAUAGAAACCAGGGUCUAUAAAACAUUCAUAACAAGGUUAGCAUUUCUGUUCUUCAUUUCCAUAGGGUAAAUAAUAUAAUGUAAAUGAUUUGUAUAGGGCUUCUUUUGAUAUGCAGACUAUUUGGUAACAAUAAUGACUUAUUAGAUUAAUUUCUUAUCUGGUUUGAUAAUACAUUUAGAAAUCUGGAUGUGAAUAAUAUUUUUAUCAGAGCAUAAUCCAGGUGAAUUUAUAGCAGUUAUGUUUUGUGCUUAUAACUGCCAUCCUCUGAUACUUCCUUCACCCCUUUAUUUGAAAAUCCUUGUAGAGUUUAAUGAGUUAGUGGAAAAUGAGGCACUUUAUAGAAAAUAAUUCGUUAGAAUCUGUAUGGAAAUAAUCUUCCUAUGAGGUUUAAAUUUGUAGACCAUUGUUUAUGCUGAAUGGCCUAUUUCUUUUAUGUAAAUGGUUGCAUUUGUCAAACCUACUGAUCUAAAGAUAUCUUUUAUAUUGAAGUUUUAUUUUUGUGCUACUUAAAAGAAUUUCUGCAGGAACUGCAUACAGAUGACCUUUUAAUUAAGCAAUCUUGAACUUUAAAAAGAAGCAACUUCAACAUUUAUUUGAAUAUAGGGUUCUAGCUAAUUGCCUAAUAUACUGAAAAUGGGCAUUGGAUAAUCAUGACAGUCUUUCACAAAUGUUUAAAAACCUUAGGAAUGAAUGUUAGCAACUUAGCAAUGUCUUAUGUGGAAUGAGGUUGUAGAUUUAACUUGCUGAUCAAGUAUUGGCUAUGUGGUACUAGAUAAUUAUAUAAGGAUUUCUGCUUUUAAGGUAGUAAUUCCUUUUGGGAUUUUCAUUUGUGUAUACUGUGAUAUUGAAGUUCUGGGGACCAUAGGCAGGCUUGUGAAUUCUUACUAAACUAAAGGAAAAAUGGUGGCACAUGUGAGAUUAAACUUCCAUUUAUAUUCUUUUUAGUGACUAUGUAUGUAGCUCAGAGUAAUGCUGAAAUUAGACUGCUUUGCUUGUGCUUUCAUGAAACAGUCUCUCAUCGUGGCCUGAAUGAAUAAAGAGUUGAUUAGAGGUGGCCUAAAAGCACUAGUUUUAUUUGUUUUGAUUUAUGCUACAGUAUGGCUUAGAAUAAAGGUUGUUCGCUUUUUGAUUAUGUCACUUAUUUUGAAAACCUUGGAUAGUCUUCUUCUCCAAUUUCCAUUUGAACCUGGUAGCUUUUUUUUUUUUUAGUUCCCUGAGAGAAGAAAAUAGUAUUGGAAGUCAGUUCCACUAUUACUCCCAUAAACCAUGUGACCUGGCCAACUAGAAAUCCACACGUUUUGCACUUUGAAACGUGGCCCAUGUCACAGAUUCCAAGGGACUUGCAUCUACCCAAUGUGUCUUAUUUUCUUAAAAAAAGAAAAUUAAGGGAUGUUUACCAAAAAUUUACUAUUGAAUUAUUUUAACAAAUCUUUUUUCAUAAACCCACUUAGGGGAAGUUUGCCUAUUUUGGUAGUAAUUUCAGGGAUGAUCAUAUCUUCUUUAAUCUAGAUAUAAGCAGUUUUAACUAUUGUUAUAAUUAUCCAUUUUGGUUACUGAAACUUUCCCCAAGCUUUGUUAGAACCACCUAUUUUACUUUGGAUUUUAUUUAAAUUCUUAAAUGUCUUUGUGAAGAUUGUGUAUGUAUACUGAUUUGGCCCUUUUAAAUGAAGGCAUGCUGAGAAGCUGGCAUAAGGGAGUAAGGAGAAGAAAAGAACUUCCCUUCCUUUAAAGAUUCAGUGCACACUUAAGUAGAUUGUAGAACAUAACUUGUUAAAAAAAUUCAUAUAGGUAGUUGUUAGCUUUUGAAGAUGAGUGACGUGGAGGUGGAACUUAGCUGAUGGUAUAGAAAUCAUUUUGUGAAUUAUAAGGAAAAAAACCAUAAUUUUUAAAUGAGAAACAAUUGAAUGUUUCCUUAAAAGAUUUCUUCUCAUUCUGAUUAUUAGCACAAGCGACAGAAGAGGCUCCUAGAAUUCAUUGAAUCAUAGAAAAUUAGUGCUGGAAAGGACUAAAAUGAUUUGUAUAACACCUUCAUUUUUCCAAAGAUCUAGGUGCUCAGAGAAUUAAUUAUUGGCACAGAGUCCCAGAUCGGCCUGUAGAAGUAACACGGAGGGGAUUGCUAGUCCUCCCUGGGCUGGCUGAAGAUCCGGAUAUGGGAGAAAGGGGAAGGAGCCACAUUUUACAUGCUCACUCAGUUGCUCCUAUAUAGCUCAGUUUUCAUACCUAGGUUUACUCCAUUUCCUUAGAACUGUCUUAAUGCCCACUUCUACCAGGGCCUGUUGAAAGACAUUAACAUGUGCUCCCCUCAGGGAUGGGUUUACUACUAGCUGUCAGAAAGCUAUUGGGUAUCCUAAUGUGUUAAUAGCUGAAACUCAGCUGUAAUUUUCUCCUAAAUCUGUCAGCAUUUUACAUUCUGUACAUUGUGGUGCUUUUCCACCUUGUAUUAUAACUGUAAGCUCCUAAGGGGCAGCCAUUUGGUCUUAGGCAGGUACCCUGUUCAGUGCCUGGCAGUGCCGUGUGUGUAUCAGGGUCCUAACCUUCCUUUCCAGUGAUUUUCCCCAUUCUUCAUGGAAGCGAUGCUCCAGCCAUCCUGAACUACUCCUGGCUCCUCUGAGAGGCCAGGCAUUGCGACUCCGUGGCUUCAAGUCCUCUCUCUUCCCUGAAGAUACACUUGCAUCUGCUCUCCCCCGUCCAGAUUCCUUGCCAUCAAAGUCAUUUUUUUGAAGAUCCAGUUCAAGAACUAAUUGUUAUUUUUCCCUGAGAGAGAAAAGAUCUGCAACAGGAGCGGGGAACCUUUAUUUGGUGGUUGAUCUGGCCAGAAUUUGAAAUGAGGAACAAACUCAUUCCCAUCUUCUUUCCUUCCACAUUGUCCCUUCUGUUUGACAGUCUGUCCCAAUCUUCAUUUUUUAAAAAUAUGUGUUCCUAGAGCACUUUCUACCUUUCUCCUAGCUGAAAACUUAUGCCUUCAACCUGGAAUUAGAAUGACCUGUAUCUGUUAUACUACAUCAUUAGACCACAGCUCCUAGAGGACAAGGACUGGGAAAUUAAUCCCAGCACUCCACCAAAGGUACAGUGACUAUAGGAAAGAGGCAUUUAAUGAUGACUCAUUGAGUUGAAUGAAUUAAUGUAUUUCUGUUUUCAUUUUCAAAAGGGAGGUAUGCCUAGAGCCAGGACUUAAUUGAAUAAAUUUUAGGCACUAUGACAUUUCAUAGUGGAGGGGAUUGUUGGGAAAUUUUAAGGGGGCUGGGGGAGUGGAGGAGAGAGGAAGUCACUGGUCAUUUUGAGGUACUUCCAUCCUUGGCCUGACUUAAGUGCCCAGUAUAUCCCAGGCAUUUGUUUGUAUGUAGAAGAAUUUUAUGUGCCAAAUUUCAUUUCUUUUCACAAGCCUACUCCAUUGUUCUUUCAGUUCAUGUCAUCACCCAUGCCCCAAGUCUAAGUUGUCUGCUUCCCUUUUUCUUGCUCCCCACAUCCAGUGUCCAGCUAAGUCUUACCAGUUCUACCUCAACAGUCUUUUCACAUCUCUUCCUCCUCACUGGGACAAUUUCAGUGGCCUCUCAGCUUCCUUGACCUCUUCUUACCCCAGCCUACUUAUACCCCAUGCUAGAUUCAUCUUACUGAAACAGCUCUGACUAUGGUCCCAUGUAUGUGUUCUAUCUCCCCUGCUAGACUGUAAGCUCCUGAUGGGCAGGAUCUGUGUCUGAGUCAUAUUUGUAUCUCCCUAGUGCACAUAUCAAUAAAUAUUUCUUGAAUUAAUAAUA